AUGGAAAAACGUAUGGAAGAUGAGAAGGUGCUGAGCUAUGGUGAUGUCGUACUCAGGCGAUCCGAUUUGGGCAUUCUCAGUGGUCCGCAUUUUCUCAACGAUCGCAUCAUUGAGUUCUAUUUCAGUUACUUGAGUUCAGACCUUUCCGCGGAGGAUGUAUUGCUAGUUCCGCCAUCAAUUUCCCAGUGGAUUAAAGAGUGUCCUGGAAGCAUCGAAGAUUUUGUAAAGCCGCUUAAUUUUCGCCAGAAGAAACUUAUAUUGUUUCCCGUUAAUGACAACACUGAUGUAUCUUUAGCCGAGGGAGGCUGUCAUUGGAGCUUGCUUGCUUAUUUGAGAAGCGGUAAAGUGUUUGUGCAUCAUGAUAGUAGCUCCGGGAGCAUGAACGCAAUACAAGCCAGGCGCCUCCUCUCGCGUGUUCAACCUUAUACAGUUUAUGAUGCAAGUUUCGUUGAAUGCCCUUCUGUUCCAAAGCAAACAAAUGGUUAUGAUUGUGGCCUCUAUGUUUGCGCCUUUGCAAGGGCAAUUUGCAACUGGUUCAAAGAAGUUUCAGAAGAGAAUGUGGAUAAGAAGAAGUUAUGGUUUGAUGAUUUGGCCACUAUCACUCCAUCUUCGGUCUCGCAGAUGCGUGGUGAAAUUCAUGAUCUCAUCAAGAGCCUGAUGGAACCACCAGCAAUGCGAAGGCCUGAUCCAUUCGAGGAGUUGAUUGCUGAUGGCUCUUACUUCCCGACCAUUACCCUGACCGUGGAAAAUUGCCUUUGGCCAUUUCGUGGUCAAGUCCACCCAUCACAUUAUGUCCAUGAGGACAUUGUAGAGAUUGCUUUCCUGUCUGAUAGCCAAGGAAACACGCCAUUUGUAAGUGUUGGACUGACCUGUGAUUUUGUCGGUGACCCGGCUGUUGUUGAUGCUCUUGCUGCGGUCGCUCCAGAAAGCCAUAAUUCAGCUCAAGCUCGAGGAUUUUAUGUCAUUGGUCGUGGAGUUAAGCAUUAUUACCAGUGUUUCCUUGCUCUAGUAUUUCAUCGCAUGAACUAUUCGAAGUGUUUCGAUAUCGUAUCUUACCGCGAAAAUAAUGCUCAAAGGAGCUUCUUCCAGAUUUCAAUGUCCAUUCUUCUUGGUUAA